AUGAAAUAACAACUCGCCAAUUAAUGCAAUAUAUUUGAAUGCUUAUGCAAAAGCUAAAUCAGCAACGGACAAAUCUCUAGGUAAAAAAUAAUAGAAUUGGAUGUUUAUAUAAAUAGAUUAAUGUUAAAUUAGUUAUAUUAUUUAAAAUCCCGUUAUGAAAAUAUCAAAUAGUGUGCAAACAAAGAUUGUGAAUUUUUUUGGAUCAAUAAAAAACCAUAAAGAUAAGUCAAAUCGCGUUCAAACUCUCCAGUUAAAACUUAUAAAAUUACGUACACUAAUUAUUGUCCAGAUUGUAGAUUCUUAUGA